UUUUCUACCGAAAGACGUCAAAAAUUUCCGAAACGCGGACGCUCUUGUUUCGUUUUGUUCGCGCUGUUUGAAUUUUUCUAACCAAAUCGUUUUUCCAAAUUAUUCGCGUAAUUAUAAAAUCGGUAAACACCUAACCGGAGUGUUGCGACAAAAUGUCCGGAUUUAGUUUCGGAACGCCAGCUACCACAGCACCCCCGGCGUUUUCGUUCGGAACUCCCGCCGUCAGCACCACGGCUACUGCUCCAACCAAUCUGGCGGCUGGUGGCGCACCGGGCGGCGGAUUCAGUUUCGGAACAUCUGCCCCCACUUUGAUAGCUAGUGCAGCGUCCGCCGCACCACCACCAGCUUUCGGAAGCCUAGCGAAACCUCCAACGACAGCAGCUCCGGCCUUCAGUUUCGGGACUCCAACGCCGGCUGCAACAGCUCCGGCGGCCACAACUACCACUGCCGCACCAACUGGCUUCGGAGGGUUUGGUUUGCCGGGAGCCACUACCAGUACUCCGGUUGCUCAGGCAGCAGCAGCGUCUAGUGGAGCCCUCGGCGGAACGGGUCCGAUUAGUUUUGGAACUCCCCAACAGACGACUGCGGCGUCAGUCAGUCUAGUGAAACCGACAACAUCAACGGCGGUACCCACACUAACCUUAGGAGGAGGUUUCGGAGCAACAGCCGCGGCACCCGCUGCUGCGGGGGGACUUUUUGGAGCAAACAAAACUACCACCGGAAGCACCGUGACAACGACGGUGGCAACGACCAGCAGCGGUCUUGCCCCGCAAAAACCGGUUGGAUUGGGUGGAGUCGAUAUCAACGCGGCAGCGCCGAAAUCCGUCGAGGGCAAACCGGACAGCACCAAAGCGAAAGAGUUCCAGGUGCCCCAGGAAAUUGUCGGAACGGUGGAACAGUUGAAGGAACACAUUAAAAAGCAGAAAACUAACAGCUCCGACAUUGCACGAACCUCUAGCCGGAAGCUGUACAAUGUACAGACGGAAAUAAGCCGGCUCAACUGGAAUCUGAUCGAUAUCUCCAAUAGUGUGACGAACAAUCAGUCGGCCAUAAAGCUGCUGCGCGGCGAAACGGCCAACAUUAUCCAGCAGGCCGAUAUGGCCCAGCGAACGCACGACACCCCGGCUGGACUGCAGUUUGAAAAUACGAUGCCACUGCAGUACUUCAUCGAGUUAAUCCAGAAAUACGAAAGCGACCUUCUGAAUCUAAAGCAACAGGUUGAAUUAACGGAAAAACAUAUGCUAUCGCUUACGGUUCCGCAGCAUUUCACCGCCAUGGAUCUCAAAAGAUGUCUGCAACAGAUCCACGAAAGUUUCAUCGCCUUAGCGGGCAGGCUUCACGAGACGCACCAGAAGGUGGAAGCCCAAAAGGAACAGUAUAUGAAUUUGCGUCGGUAUUUGUUGCGGGACAAUACGGACGUCUUCGAGGCUGCAGCUUGUGGUAUGGAUUCAUCGACUGCAGCAUCGUCCCGGUUUUCCAGCUCCGUCACAACCGGACCAACUCCGUUCUCCACCCUUAUGGGUGCGGUAAGUUUGAAUGUUACGAAACAAACACCUGACUCGACACUGUGGCCUCGUGCAUCUGCUGGUGGUUUUGCCCCUACAGCACCAGCCACUGCACCAUUGGGAGCAGCGGGCCUAACAGGUCCGGGCGGAGCAAGCUCUGGAUUCGGUUCAGCGCUAGGAGUUUCUGGAGCCGGAAGUGCUUUAGGUAAAACUUUUGACAGCGCACCAACCUUUGGUGGAGGUGGGGGCUUUAAUUUACAGACACCGCCGUUGGGUACGAAACGGAACAAGCACUAAUCCGACCAUGGUUUCGAAAUUUUAUAUUUUGUGCUUGUUUAGAAGUUUAAAAUAUACAAGUGUUAUAGGACAA